AUGCAGUUCCCCAUGGGCCCCGCCUGCAUCUUCCUGCGGAAGGGCAUCGCUGAGAAGCAGCGGGAACGACCGCUCGGACAAGAUGAGAUCGAAGAGCUCCGGGAGGCAUUUCUGGAGUUCGACAAGGACCGAGAUGGGUUCAUCUCCUGUAAGGACUUGGGGAAUCUCAUGAGGACCAUGGGUUACAUGCCCACGGAGAUGGAACUGGCUGAACUGGACCAGCAAAUCCGCAUGAACCUGGGCGGCCGCGUCGACUUUGACGACUUUGUGGAGCUGAUGACCCCCAAAUUGCUCGCAGAAACGGCCGGGAUGAUUGGCGUCCAGGAGCUGAGAGACGCCUUCAAGGAAUUCGACACCAACGGCGACGGGGCCAUCACCCUGGGAGAGCUGCGGCAGGCCAUGCAGCGGCUGCUGGGGGAGGAGCUCAGCCCGCGGGAGCUCGCCGAGGUGGUCCAGGAAGCCGACGUGAACGGAGACGGCACCGUGGACUUUGAAGAGUUUGUGAAGAUGAUGUCUCGCUGA